AUGUCCACCUCUGUCAACACUGAGCUCUACAGCGGGCAGUCAUCUGGUGCCUCGCCACCAGAGAGAGGGGAAGUGAGGGAAGGUGACCUGUUGAAGGACAGAGAAGUCUCUGGAGCAGGGGUCAGUGCUGCACGGCGAGGAAAGCAGAGAAGAACCAGUGAGGGUGCGCUGGCCAGCCUGAAAGCCUCAUCCCUGGGCCCCGUACGACUGCCGAAUGGGAAGCUCCAAUGCGACGUGUGUGGAAUGAUGUGCCAUGGGCCCAACGUGUUGAUGGUCCACAAACGCAGUCACACAGGUGAGCGCCCGUUCCAGUGUGAGGAGUGUGGCGCCGCCUUCACACAGAAGGGGAACCUCCUGCGCCACACCAAGCUGCAUUCAGGAGAGAAGCCUUUCAAAUGCCCCCACUGUAACUAUGCCUGCCGUCGGAGAGACGCACUGGCUGGUCAUCUCCGCACCCACGCGGGGUGCUCAACAACAGGUAAGCAUUUUAAGUGCAGCAACUGUGGUCGCAGCUACACGCAGCAGAGCGCUCUGGAGGAACACCGCGGGCACUGCCACAGCGGCGUACACAGCCUGGAGAACCCUGCUGCUCUCAGCGGCCACACCGCACAGGGAAAACAGUCUAAGAGCAUGGGGUCAAUGACAGAGCCCGAACUUCAGUCAUCCACAGAAAUACUCCCCCUAAUAGCCCAUCUGGCCAACAGCAUCACCAAGCGCAAAAGCUCAACACCUCAGAAGUUCUUAGGGGGAAAGCACUUGUGGCUUUCCAUGCAAGAUGCCCGUUUUGAGUUUCCCCCUGGUUCUAAGGAGGGGGACAGGUACAGCCUACACCCAGGGAGGGACCUCGCCAGGUGGGUGGGGAUGGUGAGCAGGCACCCUACAGGGUCCAAGGUUAGAGCGAAGGACCAGAACUCUGCCAAACUAGAAGAACCUCAGCUCUCCUGCCUGCCUGAGCUCGUAUCUGUGAGACCUGUUUCCAGCUACAAGGCUCCUGACGGACCCUGGGCCUUCAACUGUGGGGGAGGUGGGGCCUCGGCUGGAUGGGAGGCGGAUGAGGGCCGCAGCCACAGCCAAGGCUGCCACGCUUCCACCAACACAGACAGCACAGCCGAGGAGCAGAAUGCCAUCUCAGCCCGAGUGCAGUCAAACAACUCCCCGACCUCCACGCUCCCCAGCCUCAGGGCCAGCCCCAGCCACGACUUGAAAGGUAAAAGGAGGCCUGGCGUCACCACUGCAGCCAGGAGGGGCCCUGACUGGGCCCUGUCCUCCAGGGAGGAGGUUCAGGUGGUGGACGGAAAGGGGGGAAUCCUGUGUACUUUCCGCUGCGAGCACUGUCACAUCCUCUUCCUGGAUCACGUCAUGUUCACCCUCCACAUGGGUUGCCAUGGUUUCCGCCAGCCCUUGGAGUGCAACCUCUGUGGUCACCGCAGCAGAGACCGCUUCGAGUUCACCUCCCACAUCGUCCGUGGAGAACACGUCCUCGGGAGAGGAACGCACCCCAAAACAAGGUUCUCCCUGAAACCAUGAUGAGCUCUGCUUCUGUUUUAGCAGAACUCUGUAGUCUAAACCCUGUUCAGGACCCUUUUCAGUUUGUUUAACCCUUGUGCUGCCUUCGGGUCACAUGACCCAAAGGUUCAUAACAAACCAUCGUUGUGUUUACCCAAUUUUACCCAAUUCAAACACAAAUGAAAAUAAUUUUCUUUUAACUUUCGCAAUGUGGGGGGUCUGAGACAGCCCAACGGUUAAAAGAAAAUGCUUCACUUUGUUUUUGUAUGCGGUAAAGUUGUCGCAAUACGACGGUGGGUCACAAUGACUGAUGGGUCAGAAUGACCCGAAGAUAACACAAGGGUGAAACACAUUUAACAAAGCCGGGGUAACAUUUCCAAAUAAAGGUUCUACUAGGAAUCAAAGUAAGUUCAGAAUUUGUUGGGACGUUGGCUCAGGGGUAUUUAGGUGCCCAUGGGUCAUUAUUAUUGAGGAUUGUCAUAUAAAAACAUCCUAAAUGCAUGGCUUGCUUUGUCAAACAUAUUUUCCAAUAUGUUCUGGGAACAUUUUAAAACACAAUUAAACGAUUA